CUUCAGAAAACACGUGACCUGCAGCUCCUGCCUUGGGACGUGAUGUUCACAUCGUUGUUUUCCUGCUGUUUCCAGCGCUUGCUAUCAGCCUCGCGGCUAGAGAGAAGCAACACGAUUUUCCUAGGCAGUGUCAGACCUAUGGCUGCUAUGCAGAGGAUGUAUCUCCUUGUCUGAUCAGAGGGAAGACAAUUAACACAGAAGCCAUAGGAAACCACAAUCCAUUUUCUCAACAGUACAAAGUCUCAGAGGCAGGGGGAGCACAAUUUUUAUUUCUGGCGCAAGACGCAACGGAAGCUCUUGGCUGCUGUUAAGAUUUAGCUUUGGGUUCAUUCACUCAGAGGCGUCUUGUGGCUGCAGUCCGAAAGGUGUUGUGUUUGUACCAGUGAAAAAAGGCCGCUGGGGAGCCCAGCGAGCACAGCAGGCCUGUGCUCAUCACAGCCCCGGGCGGAGGAUGGAGGCGGGAGGGGAACUGCUUCAUGUGCACCGCUCCUGCGUGAGGCCCUGCUGUAGUGCAGCUGUGUCUAAUCUGAGCUCUCUUAGCAGGCUUGAACUUCACGUGAACAAAUACAAGCGAUAGCCCCAAAAGAUGGCAAUGUAAUUAGCAUCUUAGGACUUGUGAGUAACAACUGUGAGCUGUGCGUAUUGAACUUUGUAGCUCUCAAACCUGAGCUGAUCAGAGGACAAAGGUAUGAGCUGGGGCUUUAUAUGCGAUUUAAGUAAUAUAUGUCUUUGUCACCUAUUGUGAUUAGCAAAGUAGCUUUGUAUUAGUAGCAGUUGUUUCUUUUACCUGUUUUAUAUACAAGAAAAUGGAAUAAUAUCCAGUUCCCUUAUAGAUUAAGAGAAUUUAAGAUUAUAAAAGGAAGGAUUCAUGCUGAGAUGGUGGUCCAGAACCAGACGUUCCCGACUGAGGGUGUCCCCAAGCCUUCUUUGAUACCUAGUCUCAGCAUUUAGAAAGAAAAUCUUCUGUGCCUUGUCCUAACAGGCUGGCUACCUAUUAGCGCUUUUUGGAAAAGGUGUUUUUGGAAGGAAUGUGUCUAGCUUCCACUGCUGUGGAGAGGUAAGUUAGGGUGUCUGAGCUCCCCAUGGUUUAUACUGGCUCUCAGAAAAUAAAAAAAAAUCUACUCUCAGACCAAAAGGACUUUGCAGUCUGGGAUUCUGCAGUACCUGUGUCUUCCCGCUGGGAUCUGCACGGAGGCUUUGCUCUCCCUUGCUGUUGGCUGCGUGUGCAGACACAACGCACCCUCACAACAGACCUCACCCGGCGCUUGUGGGCGCCGACAUCCCCGCGUGGUACCUGCUGCGUGCAAACUCCUGUUCCAAAGGAAGCCCUGACCGACGUCCUUCAGCGACUGAGUCUUUCACCAGGACAAGGUUUGGGAGAGUAAGACAGCUUCUGAAGCACGCUGCUGAGAAUUUGUCUUCGCCAUCGAGACCUCUGAGCUCUUUGCGGCAAGGAAGAGGACAGGGCAGCCCUGAGCCAUGUCCAAUGACCCUCCGCCACCCUACCCAGGCGGCCCCUCAGCACCGCUGAUAGAGGAGAAGCACGGCCCACCCCCUGCCACAGAUGGCGUCUCCCCAGCCGUGGGACAGCCCCAGGGGGUUCCCAUCCCCCCUCCUGAAUUUGGGCCCCCUCCCUAUGAGCCUCCGCAGCCGGGGUUCGUGCCCCCGCACAUGCCCACCGACAGCUCCGGGCCCUACGUGCCGCCUGGUUACUACCCACCGCCAGGCCCUCACCCUCCCAUGGGCUACUACCCUGCUCCGGGCCACUAUCCCUCGCCUGGCGGCCACACGGCAACAGUGCUCGUCCCUUCGGGGGCUGCCACCACAGUGACCGUGCUGCAGGGAGAGAUCUUCCAGGGCGCCCCCGUGCAGACGGUGUGUCCCCACUGCCAGCAAGCCAUCACCACCAAGAUCUCCUACGAGAUCGGGCUCAUGAGCUUCCUUCUUGGCUUCUUCUGCUGCUUCGUGGGGUGUGACCUCUGCUGCUGCCUCAUCCCCUGCCUGUUCGAUGACUUCAAGGAUGUGACCCACACGUGUCCCAACUGCAAGGCCUAUAUCUACACGUACAAGCGCAUGUGCUAACAGCACCCCGGGAGCCCGAGCCACUGGAAUGAGACCGGCCCCUCUCCCACUGCCGUCCUAGUCUACGUGUGUGCAACACUCCUUCGCUUAACCCGCUGGUGGUGUGUAUGUGCAUAUCCCCGCCUCCCUCCUGCCCCGAGCUGUGACCACCUUCCCCGAGCUCCGGUCCGUGCUGUGAAUGUUGGAUUGGGGACGCUGGUGUGGGUGCACAGGGGACGAGGGGGCUGAGGACCCAGCUGCUGUGCACGGGGCUCCCUCCGGCAGCUGCCUGGCAGCACGCAGGAGCGGGACGUGGUUCUGCACCCCAUAUGCUCCAGGGCAUCAGCGGGGCCCCCUCGCGCCUGGAGCAAGCUGGGGGCGAGCAGCAGCUGACGGAGGCACCCACCCCUCAGCGGGGGUGCUUAGACACGGUGCCCCGGCCGGGAGCUGCUGCAGGCAGGGGGCACGCGCUAACCUGGAGGGGACAGGGGGAGCCCAAGCAGCCAACGGAGCACGCAGUGGAGGAUGCACAGCCACCUGGCUCAGCUGCAGCCCUUUUAGGAACGGGCCUAGUGGAGGCUUGGCCUUGAGGAGGCAGAGGGGUCGGUGUCAGGUUCUGGCGUGGCUCAACGCCCUCUCCAGCCAGGUCAGUGUGCAGCCCACAGGCAACACUUCCCAAGGAGAAGCACACAGAGCUGCCUCCAAGGCGUGUGUGUGUGUGGGGGGGGGGAUAGGGUGGCUGCCUUGCCCUGGGGCUGCAGCACUGCACCCUUCGUCAGCCCACCCGUCCUGCCAGAGCACCGCCACAGCCGCUCCAGCUGCAUGCGCCUCCUGCCAGCCCUGCUGUGGAUGCUUUGGGGAAGGAAAGCCCCCCCGGCUGCUCCCCACCCACCCGGCCAGCCGUUAGCAGAAGUGCAUCCAGCAUGUUGCUACCUGCCCCCAGCACUGUAGAGUAGGGGAGUUUGUUACCUGGCUCCCAGCUCUGGAGCAGACCCGCUGCAGCAGAGCUGCAUCCCCACCCCGAGCCCAGCAGGGUCUGGGGGGCACCCAUUCCUCAUUGCAUGUGGGUGUAGGGGUUUACUUUUAGCUCACUUCACGUGGGGCAGAAGGAUGGGGGCAAGCAGGCAGCAACACAAGCUGCCAGCAGCGCUGUGACAGAGAAUGGCAAGAGGCCCUGGGAGGCAUUUUCAGUCCCUCUAUGGCCACACCUCGCAUCCCUUCCCACAGCUCCUGCAGCUGGAGCACACAGCCCCCCCCAGGUAAGCAGGGGAGGCUUCUCAGUAAGCAGGUCUGCAAACACAGCCUGGCCUGCACAGGCAGCUGCUGUUUGCUCAGAGGUGGAACUGUGGCACUUGUCCCAGUGUUUGUAUGUAAAUAAACAUCAGACCCUGA